AUGGAGUUGUAUGAGUCGCAGUUUAUCCAAGAUAUAGUUGAAGUUAUUGGAAAUAAACUGGAUCACACAUGGAAUAGGAGAUUAAGAGUCGAUGAUCCCUAUGUAGUUGGAAUAGAUAAUCGUGUGGAAGGCCUAAACAUGUGGUUAGAAGAUGGAUCAAGCGAUGUUGGAGUGGCUGUAGUCUAUGGGAUGGGUGGAAUUGGCAAAACCACCAUUGCCAAGACUGCUUAUAACCAGAACUUCUAUAAAUUUCAAGGUAGCAGCUUUCUUGCAGAUAUUAGAGCAACUUCAAAACUUCCCAAUGGUUUGGUUCACUUGCAAAGGAACCUUCUUUCAGGUCUCCAAAAGGGGAAAGCAAAGAAAAUAUACAGCUUGGAUGAAGGAAUAACAAAGAUCAAACGUGCGAUACGUUGCAAAAGAGUUCUUAUUGCUCUUGAUGAUGUGGACAACUUGGAACAAUUCAAUGCAAUUCUUGGGAUGCGAGAAUGGCUUCAUCCAGGAAGUAAGAUAAUCAUAACAACUAGACAUGAACAUUUGUUAAAGGCUCAUGAGAAUUGUGCAAUGUUUAAGGUGAAAGGGUUGAAUGAGAAUGAAUCACUUGAGCUUUUCAGUUGGCAUGCCUUUAGACAACCCCAUCCUAGCGAAGGUCACAUGGAUCUUUCAAGACCUGUAGUACAACACUGUGGAGGGGUUCCAUUAGCUCUUCAAGUUCUAGGAUCUUCUCUCUUUGGAAAAGCUGCAGAUGUAUGGAAAAAUGCAUUACAGAACUUGGAUGUGAUUACUGAAGGAAAAAUUCAAAAGAUUCUCAGAAUAAGCUUUGAUUCUUUGCAAGAUCAUGUCAAACGUCUGUUCCUCCAUAUAGCCUGUUUCUUCAUAGGAAAAGACAAGGAUUUUUCAACUACAGUCCUUGAUGAAUGUGAGUUUGCCACAAACAUUGGAAUUCAAAAUCUGGUUGAUAGAUGUCUGCUGAUAAUUGAUGGAUUCAACAAGUUAACCAUGCACCAAUUACUUCAAGACAUGGGAGGGGGAAUUAUUCGCGAAGAAUCGCCUGAGGAUCCUGGAAAACGUACUAGAGUGUGGAAUAAAGAUGCCUCUAAUGUUUUGAGAAAAUUAACUGGUACAGAAACUAUUAAGGGCCUCAUGCUCAACAUUCCUAUGUUAAUAAAAGAUGAGUCUUCUAAGAUAACAUCCAGUGGAAGUAACAGAAAAAGAUUCCAUGUUGAAGAUUAUGAUGGAAACUGUUCAAGCAGCCGACGUCGGCUUGGUUUCUUCUCCUGGCAGUCAAUUAGUUUUUCUUCAACAAACUCAUUUCCUGUAUCAAAUGAGAUAGGUUUCAAAACAGAGGCAUUUAGAAGGAUGCAGAAUCUUGAACUCCUGCUGCUUGAUAAUGUAAAAAUCAGUGGAGGCUAUGAAGAUUUCCCAAAAAAUUUAAUAUGGUUGUCUUGGCGAGGAUUCGCUUUAAAGUCAAUACCAACCAAUUUUUGCUUGGAAAAUCUAAUUGCUCUUGACUUGCGGAACAGCAGCCUCCAACAUGUUUGGAAGGGAACUAAGUUUCUUCCAAUACUGAAAAUCUUAAAUCUCAGUCAUUCACAUGGCCUUGUGACAACCCCUGACUUGUCAGGAUCCCCUAACCUCGAGAAAUUAAUUCUUAAAGAUUGCAUAAAUUUGAAAGAGGUGGAUGAAUCCAUUGGAGAUUUGGAGAAACUUGUUUUCAUGAAUCUAAAAGAUUGCAAAAAUCUCAUGAAGCUUCCAAUAAGAAUUAGUAUGCUGCGAUCUCUCCAGAAACUUAUUCUCUCUGGUUGCUCAAAUCUUGUGCUGCCUGCCAGUAAGAUCGUUGAAAAUCAGUCAGACUCUACACCUAGUGACAUGAAGAAACUCAGUCUGUGGCAAUCAAUGCGAUCAUGGGUAUUGCCAAGAAAAAAUCUCCAACUUACCAGUGCAAGUUGGCCACAAUUUUUAAAAAGCUUAGAUAUGGCGUACUGCAAUCUGUCAGAAAUUCCUAAUGAUCUUCCUAGUAGCCUAUCCUCAUUGGAGCGUUUGAAUCUAGAUGGAAACCCAUUUUUGAGCCUACCAGUAAACUUGAAUGGUCUUAGUAAGCUCCACAGACUUUCGUUGGAUAUGUGCCAAAACCUCGAAAUGAUUCCCGAGCUCCCGCCAAGUGUAGAGGAUUUGAUCGCAACUAGAUGUACUUCAUUGAAAAGAGUACUACUAAACUUACCCGACAUGUUACCAAUAAUUAGACUUGCGAUUAUGGCAUGCGAGAAUGUAGUUGAAAUUCAAAACGUGCUCAAAACAAGACCGUUGAGAAGCGUCGACAUAGAAAUGAUCAAAGAUAUCGGUCUGUUCAAUUUGGAAUCCAUAGGAAGCACUGAAGUUGAAAUGUACGACUACUUGACAUGUACAGAAAGGAAGGGUCCUCUCCAGGGACUGGAUGAAUGUGGUAUAUUUAGCAUAUUCCUUCCUGGGAGCGAGGUUCCAGAUUGGUUCCGCUACAAGUCGAGCAUGGGUAACUCUGAGCUGUCUGUAACUAUACCUCCACAUCUUAAUUUGAAGAUCCGAGGCCUAAAUGCAUGUGUUGUGUAUGCACGAGCUUCUCUGUUAGCAUCUUUCAUCUCCUCUUCUUCGUCAGCUAUCAAGACAUUUCCGCUUUCAAGCAAGCACUCAUCAUUAGCUUGGAAUCCAAGUCCUCAUGGAGAUAAGUCAAUGACUCUCCUCUUGACUUUCCUUAGUAUUUGCAUCGAUCCAACCCUACUUUUCUUAUCUGUAAUCAUGCUUUACAUUUGGAAGGGAACCAGGUUUCUUCUAGGACUGAAAAUUCUUAAUCUCAGUCAUUCACAUAGCCUUGUGACAACCCCCGACUUGUCAGGAGUCCCUAACCUUGAGAAAUUGAUUCUUAAAGACUGCAUAAAUUUGGUUGUGAUUGAUGAAUCCCUUGGAAACCUAGAGAAACUCAUCUUCUUGAAUCUAAAAGACUGCAGAAGUCUCAUGAAGCUUCCAACAAGAAUUAGCAUGUUCAGAUCUCUUCAGGAACUUGAUCUUUCUGGGUGCUCAAAGCUUGUGCUUAAUACCAGUACGACUGCUGCUAAUCACUUACACUCUACAACUAGAGCACUGUAUGAAUGUGCCAUAAUUAGUAUUUUUGUUCAUGGAAACAAAAUUCCAGAUUGGUUCACCUACAGGAGCAUGGGUAAUUCUGUUUUGUCUAUUAUUCUACCUUCACAUCUUAAUCUCAAGAUCCGAGGGUUAAAUGUAUGUGUUAUGUAUUCACGCCGCCCAUUUUGGUUUAGUGCUACAAACUUUCUUAAAGUUAGUAAUGAGACCAAAGGUCUUAAGUGGACCUAUUGCCCAGUUGCAGCAGGUCUCCCAAAAAAGAACCAAGACAUGCUAUGGCUAAGCCACUGGCGGUUUGAAAAUGAUGAAUUGGAGGAAGGAGAACAAGAGUUUGGCAUUCAGCUUGUGUACGAGGAAACACCUCCUUCUCCUUGGACAUCCCAGAAUGAUGUCGGAGAUGUGUCGGUGUCGGCGUCAAAGUAUCAGCUGUGGAAGGGAAAAUAUUUGCUGUCAAAUACCUCAUUCUAUCACAACCAUCAGUUUCACUUCAGAAUGAUCCAAGAGAAUCCUGCUCAUCUUGAUUUUUCAUACCAGCCCAGCGGGACCUAG